AUGUAUGCUCUCAAUGGCCUACCUUCUACUUAUGCCCACAUCAUCCCUACGAUCCGGUACUCCAAACCUUUUCCCUCGUUUUUGGAGAUGCGUUCUAUGCUAUCUAAUGAGGAACGCUCCAUGUUAAAAGAACCAAAACGUGGUCUUCAAACAUCUAACUGUGAUACUUCCUCUUCCCCUACCGUUCUUGCUACCGAGCACCAAUCCCGAUCCACAAACUCCUCCAAUAACAUAUCUCGUAGCAGCAAUGGCUCCCGCGGCGGUGGCAGCGGUGGAAGAGGAGGUCGCAAUGGUAGAGGGGGUCGUGGUCGCUCAUCUCGUCCUAAAGGCGGCACUGGUAAUUUUUUUGAGGGCUGGGGAUCAUCGAUUCCUUGGCCUGUCUACUACCCACUUCAACGUGGCCUGCUUCCGACUCCACCAUCUUCGGCCCACUGGCCAGCAGCCCAAUGGACUAAUCAAUCCAGCUCUCAUGCGCCUUCCACUCAAUUUCCUUGGAAUCAGCCUUCUCAGGGCCAGCAGCAAGCUCUAUUCUGUAAUGGACAACCCACUACCAAUUUUUCUGGCUGGUCCAAUUCUCCCUAUGCUUCGUCGGAUCAAGCCACCCUUUUACCACAUGCUUUCUCCACUAUGAAUCUUCAUGAUCCGGGAACUGCAGACUGGUACAUGGACACUGGUGCCACCGCUCACCUUAACGCCGACCCAGAUCCUGCCACUCAACAACCCAACUCGGCUGCUGUUACUCCUGUUUCUUCUACUAUUGGUACCUCUUCUUCGGAUGUGUCUGGUCCUCCUCGUGCUCCGGUUCAUCCUAUCACUACAAGCACUCAUCCUAUGGGCACUCGUAAACGCCACGAAAAUGUUAGCCGAUGUGAAAAGGAGGAAAGCAGAAUCCAGUGGGCAAACGAUUCUAAGUCUGAGCAAGAAAGAUACUUGACAAAGGAUAUUGAAGAAGAAGAUGAAUAUUUUCAGAGUGACAAUUUCACAGUUUUGGGUUGGUGGAAAAAGAGGUGCGGUAUGUUUCCUAUCUUAUCGUUUGUUGCUCGUGAUGUGUUAGGUAUUCUGGUUUUAACAGUGGCAUCUGAAUCCACUUUUGGUACCCGGGGAAGGGUACUAGAUUCAUUCAGGAGUUAUUCAACUCCAAAAAUUGUGCAAGCGUUAAUAUGUUGUCAAGAUUGGAUCCACUCAAGUGAUGUUAAAGUCAAUGUGGAAGAAAACAUUGAAGAUCUUGAUAAGUUUGAAGAAGACGUGCGAGAAUUGUCGGCGGAAUCAAUUGUUCUUGAUAUAUAA